AAUAGAAAUCUGCAUUGAAGACAUUGCUGUAUCCAUCACAGUUUGUUUCACUGCAUUUAGUUAUCCGAGAAAUCUGGUUAGUUUAACUGAGUAGUUGUACUGAUGUCGACAUCACUCGCAACAGCCCUUCAAGAAUGGAAGGUUCAGGAGAAAGAAUUACAGCAGCUUCAGGAGACCCACCGGCUUUACCUGCAGAAGUUGGAGGAAGUCUCCAAACUUCAAAAAAGCUUUGCUGCCUCCAUAUCUCGACAGAAAAAGAAUUUAAAGGACAAUUUAGAGGCUUUGUCAAAAUUUGAUAAAGGACUGACUGAAGAGGAGAAGAAUGAGGUGAAGAAGGUCAAAGGUCACAUUCAAAAUAUGCCAAGCCUAAUCUUUCAAAUGGAAGAAUUUAUUCCAAAGAAAAAUGGGCUUUAUCUCAGUCUCGUCCUUGGGAGUGUGAAUGUCAACCUUCCAAGCAAACAGGCAAAAGCUGAAUACAAAGAUGAGCAUGAAAGGUUCAAGCUGUAUGUGAACGUUAUUCUGUUCCUGCUGGCCUUCAUAUGUCGCUUCUUCAUCAGCUACAGAUUUUUCGAUGCCCUUUUUUACUUCCUGUUGGUUUGGUACUUUUGCACCCUGGCAAUCCGUGACAAUAUCCUCAUCAGCAAUGGAUCCAGGAUUAAAGGCUGGUGGGUUUUCCACCACUACAUUACCAUCUUUCUGUUUGGGGUCAUGCUAACCUGGCCAGAUGGUGAAACAUACCAGUCUUUCAGGAACUCAUUUCUGAUCUUUUGUUUGUAUCAAGGCUUUGAGCAGUGUCUUUAUUACUACUACUAUCAAAGUGGGUGUCUCUACAGGCAAGCACUAGGGGAACGACACAACUUGGAUUUGACUGUUGAGGGAUUUCAGUCGUGGAUGUCGCGGAGACUAACAUUUAUUUUUCCCUUUCUCUUCCUGGGUCAUUUCUGGCAGCUUUGGAACAGUAUUUCCCUGUUCAGAAUGGUUCAGCUCCCUGAAUGUAAAGAAUGGCAGGUUUCCAUGUGUGGCUUGUGCUUUCUGGUUCUGUUUGCGGGAAAUUUUUUCACAACACUUGCAACUUUUCGUCACAAACGCCAAACCCAGCAAAAUACCAAGAGGCUGUGAUUUUUAAAAGCUUUCGUAUAAUUUUUUAUUUUUUUUAAUUUUUUUUUUUUUUGGGCAAAAUAAGCUGAAAUAUAAGAUGUGAAAUUUAAGUCAAUAAUGGACCUUACACAAAAAUGUUUAUCUUCCAGAGACCAUGCAGAUGCAUUUUGUUUUGAACGGAUGUUGGAUGUUGAACAAUCUAUAAUAAAGUUGUUUGUGUGAAAUUUCCAGACUUGAAUAAACGAUAAGAAUGAAGA